CCGCUGUAUGUCGGCAUGGAUCUAACUAUCGCUAGUUUUGAUGCGAUAUCCGAAGUCAACAUGGACUACACGAUCACCCUGUACCUGAACCAGUACUGGAAGGACGAGCGGCUGGGCUUCGGCCUCGAGGACGAGGUGCUUACGUUGUCCGGGGACUUCGCCGACAAGAUCUGGGUGCCCGACACCUUCUUCGCUAAUGAUAAGAAUAGUUUCCUGCACGACGUGACGGAGCGCAACAAGCUGGUCCGUCUCGGCGGCGACGGCUCCAUCACGUACGGGAUGCGGUUCACGGCCACGCUGGCCUGCAUGAUGGACCUGCACUACUACCCGCUGGACUCGCAGAACUGCACCGUCGAGAUUGAAAGCUAUGGCUACACGGUGUCCGACGUGGUGAUGUACUGGAAGGACACGCCGGUGCGGGGCGUGGAGGACGCCGAGCUGCCGCAGUUCACCAUACUGGGUCACAAUACUAAUGAUAGAAAGGAGAAGCUGGCGACGGGCGUGUACCAGCGGCUGUCGCUGAGCUUCAAGCUGCGGCGGAACAUCGGCUACUUCGUGUUCCAGACGUACCUGCCGAGCAUCCUCAUCGUGAUGCUGUCCUGGGUCUCCUUCUGGAUCAACCACGAGGCCACGUCCGCUAGGGUAGCUCUAGGUAUAACCACCGUCCUGACGAUGACCACAAUAAGCACGGGAGUCCGCAGCAGUCUGCCGCGCAUCUCCUACGUCAAAGCCAUCGACAUCUAUCUGGUCAUGUGCUUCAUCUUCGUGUUCGCGGCUCUGCUGGAGUAUGCGGCGGUCAACUACACGUACUGGGGCGCCAGGGCCAGGAAGAGGCUGAAGCUGAAGAGCAGGGAGACCAGUGCCGGCAGUGUGGAGAAGGAUUUGAAGGGCUCUGGCUCCCAGUCCCCAGAGGAGAUCAUAGCUCUCCGCGAGUGUUCCACCACGGGGCGCGCGUCGCCGCUGCUAGGGCUGCGCUGCCGCCCGCUGCCGGCCAGCGGCGCGCCGCCCUCGCUGCGCAUCCAGCGCGACCACGCCACGCUGCGGUAUCGGACCAGCCCGCACUCGCGGCUUACUAGGAAUGGCUCGGGCAAGCCGAAGGUGAUCCACGCGCUGCGCCGCGGCGCUUCCGUGUUCAAGGCGUCCAUGCCCAAGAUCCGCGACGUCAACGUCAUCGACACCUACUCGCGCGUCAUCUUCCCCGUCUGCUUCAUGCUCUUCAACGCCGUCUACUGGGUCUUCUACAUUAUUGAUUAGGAACUU